GGACAUUUAAGCGAACACUAAUUGAAAGAUUGCCCAUGUGACUGCUGUCAUUAGGCAUUCUUUUAAAACUAUAAAUACCACAGAGCUUUUUAUCUACAUCAUUAUCUUUGAUUAAACUCUGAAUAUGACCAUCAAAAUGUUACAGAUCGAUUCCAGUUACGCCUCAACUCUCUCAGAAAUUGGUGCAAAGCUUUUUGCGGAAACGUUUGGUGACGCCAAUACCCCUGAAGACCUCAAGGAAUACCUCGAAUCAGCCUUUACACCAGAAAUUCAAACACAAGAAUUGAACGAUCCUUCCAUCUAUACGUAUAUGGUAUUCGAUGAUGAGGAUAAACCGGUUGCAUAUUGCCAGUUGAGGCAGAAUAAAACGGUGUAUGACUUUGUUGGUGAUCCAGAAGCAAUAGAAUUAUGGCGAAUCUAUGUUGACAAGCGAUAUGCCGGAAAGGGAAUUGGAAAGAAGAUGCUUACGCAGUGUAUCUCCAAGGCAAGAGAACUCGGCAAGAAAACAAUCUGGCUUGGCGUUUGGGAAUUCAAUCCAUCAGCAAUCAGGUUCUACAAGAGUCAAGGCUUUCGAAAAGUCGGUGCUCAUACUUUUAAACUGGGUGAUAAACUGGAUACAGAUGAAAUCAUGAUCUUAAACAUUUAGAACGAUAUAGAAAA